GACUCCCAUUGUUAGGGCGGUGAGACGUGUAUCUUGUCAGUAUAUACAUAAUCUUUCCCCUACAGUCAUUGCAACCUACCAUAGCUCAGUGGUCUCAACGGGCUUCCGUAAAUUUGCUGAAACGUCAACAAUCAAGAUGGCGGACUGGAAUCGAGGACAAGGUGCUGUUGACGAUAUGUUGGACGCGGAAAACAAGCUUCUGGCUGACAAUUUGGCCUCCAAAGUUUCCAGAUUGAAAUCGCUUGCCUACGACAUUGACAAAGAAGCUGAAGACCAGAAUUCAUAUUUGGAUGGCAUGGAUUCCAAUUUUCUGAGUGCUACAGGACUGUUGACUGGCAGUGUGAAGAGGUUCUCUGGCAUGGUGCGAUCUGGAAGAGACAAUCGCAAAAUCCUCUGCUAUGUCUCAGUAGGACUGGUCUUCAUCUUCUUCCUGCUCUACUAUCUAAUCUACAGGGUCCAGAACUGAAGAGAUUUAACAAGAAUGGAACUUUAUUUGUGGCUUCAGGUGUGGCUGGCUACUUUCCUCUGUUAUACCAAGAAAGACCAAAUAUAAACUUUUAUUGUGAAGAUUUUGGAUAGGAAAUCAUCUCCCCCUCCAAUUCUCUAUAUAAUAAUGUCUUCUGCUCGAAAUAAGAAAUACAGUAUGUGCAGAUUUGUGUAUAUAAUUUAUGUCUCAGUUAUAUGAGAACUGUCAUUGUACAUACAUUAUUUAAGAAACCAGUCAUGUAAACGCUGAACAUUGCUCUACCCCAAAAAUGACUCAUUCUUACCAGGAUGCAGUUGAAUGCAGGAUACACCUUUAUUUACAUUGAUAAAUAGCCCUAAAGAGUAUUGGCAGUAUGUCAAAGAAUGCACCAGUGCCCUUUUCACAUUACUGAUCCAAGACGGGCAGUAUUGACCAUAGGUACAAUAAGAGAUUGUCCUCGGUUUUGGCUUAUUUAUGUGUUUUGUAAUAGUAGUUUAAAGACAUGCUCUGGUACUUUGGCGAUUAGUAAGUAUUUUUUUAACCUCCCGCUUUGGGCUGGAUGUGUCAAUGUGUAGUUCAUACAUGCAGAAUUACUGUCUUACCUCAAUUAGCCAUGAAAUCCCGAGUUUGAAAGCAACUUUUUUCUGGAAACUGUGACGUAGUGCGCAAUUUUCCGGGACCACUUUUGGCUCGUGAGCGCUACUUUCAGAACUACUGGCUAGAAAGUAUACAAAAGUACCGUAUAAUCUCUAAGACAAUGACCAACUUUAGCAUACUUGAAUCUUAUUCUGUGAUUUUAAGUUUUCAAUACCCGAUGACUUUCAAUUAUGUUUCAGAAAAACAAGAACAAACUUAAAUCUAAUUUACAAACCAAGUAACUGUUUUGGUUUUCAGAUUUACAGUGCUUUAGCAUUGGACUAAUAUGUCUAUAAGUGUGAGUAAUAAUAUACAUUUUCAGCAGCUGGCAUGUAAUUAACCUUUCUUGCUUUUCCAAAACAACUACUUAACAACAUGAUUAUUUUUUACCUGUCAGUUGUAUUAAUCCUUGUAAUGUAUGUGUAAUAAGCAUUGUGACACUACAGUCGACUCCGGAUAAGUGAGAACUCCACAGGUUCCAAUUCAAAUACUUAACUUUUCAUGCUGUGGAUAUCUGAAAGCUCUCAUGUACUUAAUGUAGUCCUGAACCAAUUAAACCAUUUCACUUAUCAGGAGUCGACUAGUUUACAGAUGGUAGAUGGUUGACUUUACAGAGAUGGCAAGACAUUUUAAUUUAGUUUAAGGAUAUUAAAUGAGAUUUUGAAGAAA